AUGGCGGUGACUCGUGAAGGAGCCUUUAGAUAUGUGAUGUCAUUUGCUAUACUUAUAUCAGCAAUAUCAUUAUCAUCUUUAUGUAUUACAAUAUCACUGUCAAUAUCUUAUAUCAACGAGUUUAAUCAACGUUUUCGUAAAGAUUCUACUUAUUGUCAUGAUAUAAUAUUGGAUAUUAAUAAAGAAAUCGACAGUUUCAAAAGCAUUGCUUCAAUGGCAACGAAUGAUACAAUAAUACAACAGAGCCAACUGAAACAGAAAAGAUUUACCUCAGAUGCCACGGACAGAACACUGCCGAUGCCAAAAGUUAUACACUUCAGCAAGCCUGGAACACCUGGCAUACCUGGUAAACAUGGAAGACCUGGAAGAGCAGCCUGCAUUGAAUAUGAGUGUAAAGAAUGUCCCCAAGGGCCUCCUGGAAUGCCUGGUCCGGUGGGAACAAUAGGCGACCAAGGACAAUCUGGUGCAAAAGGGCCAUCUGGACAGCCUGGAGCAAAUGGUGUGCAGGGUGGAAAAGGAUUUAGAGGACCACCAGGAACACCUGGAAAAAAUGGAUUAGCGGGAAAUGCAGGUACCCCUUCAUUAGCAAGCAGCGCUAUAACUGGAGAUCCAGGAUUACCAGGAGAGCCAGGACUAAUUGGCGAUGCCGGCAACCCCGGGAUUGAUGGUCUCGACGGGCCAACGGGCCCUCCUGGACCCAAAGGACCUCGCGGCCUCCCAGGCCAUGCUGGACUUGCCGGUGAAGAGGGUCCAGUGGGUCCAGUUGGAUCUCCUGGGCCACCAGGUGAGCCCGGCGCAUGCCCAACAUAUUGCGCAAUUGAUGGCGGAACAUUUUAUCCUAAAAUCCGCAAUAAACGCAACCUCAUGAACGAUUUUAUGAAUUAA